GGAAUAUAACCGUUAUAGCCUUAAGCAAUCACCGACAACCGUUGACGGUGGAAUUCAUGGCGAAGAGAGAGCAAAGCAAUGGUUUCCGUCGUUUCCGUUCCGGUCAAAGAGCUCUUCGGUGCAGAAAUUUACCUCUUUCACAAAGUAGGAACAUGUGCAAGUGCAGAAAAGUUCUCACGAAAUAACUUAUCUAAGACCAUAAUAAUCAGUCCGAAAUUAUUUGCAUGGAUAUGCCAAACUUAAGAGUGAAGAAAAGUUUGAGAUUUUAUUAAGAUUCAAAGAAAAUUAUUUUUUGUUCCUGAAAAGGGAGUCACAUGUGGAAGAAUCUUAUUAAGUCUAACUAGUCAUGGUCGCUCCAAGAGGAGAGAGUAAAGCAUCUGCAAGGAGAUGGAAAAAUAAAGGUCUAAAAAAGAGUGGCAAAGAGUAAAUGGGCAAGUGAGGGAUUGGUUAAAAGUUAAGGUUUGUCCAGUGCAGUAAAGGGUGAUUGUGUUGAGGAGAAGAAGGAAGAUAAUGCAGGCUUUCUGUAUGGUUAUGGAAGAGGAGGAUAAGGUGGAGAUAUCGUGAGAAUGUCUCAUUUGAGAUUUUGGGCUUAUAAAUCUUAUUUGAUUUAAGUUUUAAAAUCUGUCAAGGCUCAAUUGGAAAAGUUCUUUCUCAACCCUUCUUCUCUUGGUCUGUUGGCCAAUUCCUGGAUUCCAAGUAAUGAAUUUUUUGUUAAUAAUUUGUGAUGUUGGUUUUUUGAGAUUGCUGGCAAUAUUUAAGCAAGAGAGAUUAAAGAAUGCUGUUUGGUUUCAAAGUUUUCUAGGGUAGCAGGGUAUUGGAGAAAAGAUGAUGAGAGAUGGUGAUUGCAACUUUGACUUGCUUAGUACAUAAAGAUGAAUGAUAAUAAUGGGGUGAUCUCUGGCAGUAGACAAGAAGAACUCAGCUACUCAUCUUUGGGGUGCAAAAAAGUAUGUAGAAUAUGGCAAACAGCUUGUGCAUGGUGGAGCAUCUCUAGCAUGAUUCCAGGUUGAAUAUUGCAGGGCCUUUGAUUUUUAUACUUUGGGUAUUAGAAAUCACCUUAAAAAGGUUUGCUGGAGGCUGUUAUUCUUAGUUGUCACAUUGUCUAUAUGGACGGUUAGAAAUAAUAUUAUCUUCCAGAAUUUGGAUUGGAAUGAGGGGAACUUUUGAACUUACCCAACUUCGGUCUUUCAUGUGGCUAAAACAUACGAGCUUGGGUGGUGCUGUGACAUUCAGAGAUUGGUGUAUUUAAUCCUGCAGAUGGUGCAAGUGAAAUGUUACGGCAAAAAAACAAAAGGGGGUUGAGAAAUAACAUUUCCAUAUGAACCUUGAUGAGUUUUAAAACUUAAUUCUCUUGAGACUUCUAAGCUUAAAUGACUCAAACGAGCUAAAACGUAAUAUCUCCACUUAAAUUCCAUUUUCCAUCUCUAUACAUUUAGUUUGCACUGCCUUUCACCUCUAAACACACGAACCACCACCCACCUUUGGCCAUUGGGCCGACCUUGGCCUUUUCCAUAAUUCCUCACAAGCCUGUUGAAAUUUGCUUUUCUUUUUUCCCCCCACUUUAUUUUCCCCUCCUCUCGUGAAUGCUUGAUCCAGUUCUCUUUGUGAGCGACAGAGACAAAGAGGACUUUAUUAGAUUUCUUUCACUGCGGAUCAAUCCUUUUGAGGAACAGAAACUGAUUUUCUGUUGAAUCUCAAUGAAAUCUCGUCAUGUCUGAUCAAUAUUCAAAUUACUUCCAUGGAUGGUUCAACCUCAACCCUCCUCACCAUUCCUCUUCCUCUUCAUCAACUUCAAAUCCACCUUUUAAUUUUCCUCAUGAUCACCCCUACGGUAUCUACUCAAAUAACAUGAUGGACAACACCAACCCUUUCACUCAUCAGUAUCAAUCUUCAUCACUAUCACCACCUUCUCCUCCUUUGAAAGAAGCUCUUCCCCUUCUCAGUUUAACCCCAACAAGGCAUCAUGAAGAUCAACAACGAGAUUACAGCUCAUCUAGCAGUGCCAUGGAGGUGGACAAGAACAAGGAGAGGGAAGAAAGCUGCUUUUCUAGUUCUGCUGAUCAUGAUGAAACUUUAAGUGUAACUCUGCAUUUAGGGCUUCCAAAUCCUGGCAAUUCUUCUGAUUUGGUCUCGAGGGAUGCGAUCUCAUCACAUAAAGAAGAAGUCACUGUUGCUUCUGGGUAUUCAUCACUCAACAAAGGGCAGUAUUGGAUCCCAACUCCUGCCCAGAUUCUGAUUGGACCUACACAGUUCUCAUGCCCUCUCUGCUUCAAGACCUUCAACAGAUACAAUAACAUGCAGAUGCAUAUGUGGGGGCAUGGAUCUCAGUACAGGAAAGGACCAGAGUCUCUUAGAGGAACACAGCCAACAGGCAUGCUGAGGCUUCCUUGCUAUUGUUGUGCACCAGGAUGCAGGAACAACAUUGAUCAUCCUAGAUCAAAACCCCUGAAAGAUUUCCGAACUCUCCAAACACAUUACAAGAGAAAGCAUGGGAUCAAGCCUUUCAUGUGUAGAAAAUGUGGGAAGGCCUUUGCUGUGAGAGGUGACUGGAGAACCCAUGAAAAGAAUUGUGGGAAGCUUUGGUAUUGCACUUGUGGAUCUGAUUUCAAGCACAAGAGGUCUCUCAAAGACCAUAUUAAGGCAUUUGGGAAUGGCCAUGCAGCUUAUGGUAUUGACUCUUUCGAAGAAGAAGAAGAGCCAGCUUCUGAUAUAGAACAAGACAAUGAAUCCUCUCAAUGAGAUAGGAAGAGAUGGAUCUUCAAGUAUAACACAAUCAAAACUUGAUUGUUCA